AUGUUCAACUACUCCGUUUGGCCCUUUGUGGCCUUCACAGCUGGCACAUGCCUCACGUAUCUCGUGUCGAUUCUGGUGUACAACCUUUUCUUCCACCCACUCCGUAACUUCCCCGGCCCAUGGCUUAAUAAGAUUACACAGAUUCCCCACACUCUCCUGAUGCUCUGUGGACUCCCCCACAAGAAACAUCUCGAACUUCAUCUAAAGUAUGGUCCAGUCGUAAGAAUCGGACCAAACAUGCUCUCAUUCAACCACCCCGAUGCCAUGAAAGAUGUUCGUGGGCAUCGAAAGGCUGGUGAACCUGAACAUGGCAAAGACCCUAUCUCGGUACAGUUUGCUGGUGAUAACAUCGUUGGUAGCGAUCGUGAAAAUCAUACCCGUUUCCGUCGUGCUCUGGCAUAUGGCUUUUCAGCCCAGGCUAUGCUCGAACAGGAACCUACCUUCAAUUCGUACGUCAGCCAGCUAUUCCGACAACUACAUGAGCAGUCUUCUGGUGGUAAGAAACCUGUCGACAUCGCUAAGUGGUACACCUUUACCACGUUCGAUAUGAUUGGAGAUCUGGCGUUCGGAGAAUCCUUUAGUUGCCUUGAUAACUCGACUUACCAUCCGUGGGUUGCCCUCGCCUUCGAAAGUCUCAAGAGCGUUGCAUUCUUAGCCGAGAUUGGUCGAUACCCAAGCCUUGCUCCUCUUGCUGGCUUGAUGCUUCCUCGCGGUAUGCUUACCAAGUUUGCUGAGAACAAGGAGUUGGCCAGUAUGAAGGUGAAAAAAAGACUAGACACCAAGACCGACAGGCCAGAUUUUGUUGGCAAGAUCACACAAGGGUUAAAGUCCAAGGGAACCUCUAUGAAAUUUGAUGAACUUGCAUCAAACGCCUCUGUGUUGAUUGUGGCUGGUUCUGAGACAACAGCGACUCUUCUAUCUGCAGCAGUCUAUUUCCUCUGUGCCAAUCCCCGUACCCUGGAUCUCUUGACUCGAGAAGUUCGGACUACAUAUAAUCGAGGGGAGGACAUUGAUCUCAUAUCUACACAGAACCUACGUUACAUGCAGGCUGUGUUGGACGAAGCUUUGCGUAUGUAUCCUCCGGUGGCAGGCGGUGGGUCUCCUCGACAGAUAGCCAAAGGUGGUAGUAUUGUGGCCGGCUACUACGUUCCGGAGAAUACGCUGGUAGAGAACGACAUGUGGGCAUUGCAUUAUGACCCAAAGUACUUUACUCAACCCCAUGACUUCAUUCCUGAACGCUGGCUCGGUGACCCUCGGUUCAAGGAUGAUCGUCUCGACGCCGUUAAACCUUUCUCGAUUGGUCCUCGAAACUGUAUUGGCAUGAAUCUCGCAUAUGCUGAAAUGCGUAUGAUGCUUGCCAGAACAGUGUGGGAAUUCGAUCUUCGUCUUGCCGAGAACUCCUGUAAUUGGUAUGACGAAAGUCGUGUAUAUCUUGCAUGGCAUAAGCCUGCGCUCAAUGUGUAUCUUACUCCAAGCUGA